UGAGCACCGUCAUGCGAUUUGGGGUCUUAAUGACAUAAUGCGCAAACGUCAUAAAUGACGUCAAAAGUCAUACCGGAAGAAAAGUGCGAAAUUACACAUGUAAAUCUAGAAGUUUUGUUUACGAUUAUUAUCGACAGGUUACACGUAUUUUCAUGGCGUAAAAUGGCCGAAGAGCUAGAGGAACUAGAGAGCCUUUUAUCGGAGCAUUUUGGCAGAACACCAUUGACUACACCCUGUAAUACCCAGGAAGAAGUUAGCAGCGAUAGCGGUUCUGACCAAGACAUCAGGGAAAAUAAUAUAGUGGAGAGCCGGGUGCGAGACUUCCUUUACCAGGAUAGAGGCGCAAGUACUGGUGCAAAUGGUUGUUCGGAAGACAUUGAAAGGGAUGAAGAGCUUGAAUGGUCCGAUGAAGAUGAAGUCUGUGAUGACUAUGUUGAACCAGAUUCUGACCGCAAGCAGGUUACACUUUAUAAAUCUAGUAAAUGUUGUAGGUUAGCGUGUAGCGGAAAAUUCACUGAAGAUCAGAUAUAUCAGUACCUACUUAAUAUGAAAGAGAUGGAAAAAGAAACAAAGGAAAUUUACAUUAUGGGUCUGAUAAAUGAUGAAAGAUCUACAGAAAAAACACAACGUGGUAAAAAACGUCAAAGAAUGAGAAGAAAGUAUACGUUUCAUGGUACUGAAGUUUGUAAAAAGACAUUUCUACUUUGUCAUGGCAUAGGGAAGAAAACGCUAAGUAGCUUAAGUAAGCAAGUUUUUCAGGAAGGUAUUGCUCCACGUAUACAUGGAAAUACUGGCAGAAAACCCCAUAAUGCUAUAACCUUUGACGACGUUACAAGAGUUAUACAUUUUAUAAGUAACUUUGCUGAUGAAAGAGGAAUACACCAGCCUGCCGCACCAAGGGGACGAGAUGAUAUUCCGCCAAUUUAUUUACCGUCCGAUACAACAAAGGUCCAGAUGCACAAGGAUUACUGUAUUUCUUGUACUGAAGCCAUUCCACAAAUCAAGCACGUCUCGCUUUCGAUGUUCAAAACUCUCUGGUCCACGUGCAUGCCUCACAUCAGAAUAGCAACACCAAGAGAUGACGUCUGCGCUACGUGUGAGCGAAUGAGAAAGAUGAUAUCAGACGCAGUGUCAGAGGAAGAUAAGCUGGAGGCCUUAGCUAAUAUGCGACAACACAUUCUUUUAGCUCAAAGGGAGAGGGACACGUACAACACAUGUUUAAGAAGAAGUGCUGAGGAAGACGAAUACUUUCAUUUUACCUUUGAUUUUUGCCAAAACGUGAGUUUGCCACAUCACGCAAGACAAAUGGGACCGUUGUAUUUUCUAACAUUGCGAAAAGUACAGAUUUUUGGUUUCCGUAUAGACGGUAUCCCUAAGCAACUGAAUUUUUUGAUUGAUGAAAACGAGACAGUGGGAGAGGAUGGAUCCAAAACACACGGCCCUGACGCAGUUAUUUCCAUGGUUGAUUGGGCACUACAGGAACAUUGUGUCAGAGCGAGAAAGUUUUCAAUCCAUGCUGAUAAUUGUCCAGGGCAGAACAAAAAUAAGUAUGUGCUUGCUUAUUUUAUGUGGAGAGUAAUGACUGGUCAGAAUGAAGUGAUAGAAUACUUAAUGCAAAUUCCAGGACACGCCCGAUGUUUAGUAGAUUCCGGCUUCGCCCACAUCAAGCGAGUAUAUAGACGUACAGAUGUAGAGACGCUUGGACAGCUUGAAAAUGUUGUAAACAAAUCAUCAAAAACAAAUGUUGCUGUCCGUUUUCCACAAUGGGCAUGGAGAAAUUGGAAGUCAUUCUUAGAUGGAAAAUUUAAAGCAGUGAAAGGAAUAAGGAAAUAUCAGUACUUCCGGUUUACUGCAGACGAACCAGGUAUUGUUACCGUGCGGAUUUCAUCUGAAGAUCAAAGUGAGGAAAAGAUUUGUAUUUUAAAGAAUCAGUCCUCGCGUUUUGAAUUGGCUGUCAGACCAGAAACAAUACAACCAAGUGGGCUUAGUCAACGGCGGCAAACCUACCUGACCAACUCCGUACGGCCAUACGUCAGACCAGCGUAUAGAGACGAGUUUUGUGGUGUACACAUUUGAAGCAAAUGUUAAAAUAGAGAAAUAAAAAUUAUUGAUUGAUAAAACUUUAAUUUUCUUUUUGUUUCAAGAAUAUUAUUUCCGUUUGAUGUUUUAACAGACAGUUCCAUUAAAUAAACAUUUCGAAAAAUGUUACAAACUCACGUACUCAGAAAAAAUCUCUUUGGUCAUGAUAAUAAAAUCAUAUAAAAUGUACCACUGCCAUACCAUUUACUUAUUCAUUAUUUCAAGUUAAUAGGGCCUAAUAUGUUUUGCCCUCGCCAAUAAAUAGUAAAGUCAUUUGAACACACCUGAUGCAAGAAAAGCGGGAAACGAUGACGUGAUAAAUGGGAAACAUUGACGUCAAUUUAGCGACGACAAAAACAACGUCAAGAAAUUUCAACAUGACGUUGUGAAAUUAGUCGUAUUGAAAAAAAUAAUAAUCUCUUUUGCAUAUGAAUUAUAUCGCUGGAAAGCAUAUUUAAUGAGCUUUAAUUUGAUGUGAAAAUCUCAAAAUCGAUAAAAAUGUCAUUAAGACCCCAAAUCGCAUGACUGUG